AUGCCCUUCUUUAUCACCGACGAUGACCUCGCGCGCCACGCGAAUGACGCAUCGUAUGUGGCCGCGAAGGCCGACGAGUUCAUCAGAGGAUUGCAGAGCGAACUCGAAACCGUGAGAGCUGCGGCCGAUGCGGCGGCGAUCACGGCGGAACAAACUUGUUCGCUUCUCGAACAGAAGUUUUUGUCUCUGUCUACAGAAUUCUCGAAGCUCGAGUCUCAGAACGCACAGCUUCAGUCCUCUCUCGAUGACCGCCUCUCGGAACUUGCUCAGGCACAGGCACAGAAGCAUCAGCUUCACUUGCAAUCUAUUGGAAAGGAUGGGGAGAUAGAGAGGUUGAUGACUGAGGUGUCGGAAUUGCACAAGUCGAAGAGGCAGUUGCUUGAGUUAGUGGAGCAGAAGGAUUUGGAGAUUAGUGAGAAGAAUGCUACUAUCAACAGCUAUCUUGAUAAGAUUGUCCACUUGACUGAUCGUGUAGCAAAUAAGGAGGCUCGUUUAAGUGAACGCGAGGCAGAGUUGGCCCGUUCUCAGGCUACUUGUGCUCGUCUUUUGCAGUCUGCAUGUGAGCAGGAGAAAGAACUUAUUGAGAGGCAUAAUGCAUGGCUAAAUGAUGAGUUGACUGCCAAAGUUGAUGUUCUCAUGGAGUUGCGCCGAACGCAUGCUGAUCUUGAGGAGGAUAUGUCUGCUAAGCUUGUGGAUGCAGAGCGACAGUUCAAUGAAUCCUCUAGUUCCUUGAAACAGAGCAAGGAAAGGGUGAAGGAGUUAGAAAUGAAGUUGACAUCCGCACAAGAGGAAUUAUGCUCUUCUAGAGAUGCUGCUGCAGCCUAUGAAGAGCGAUCGUCUGCUGAACUCUCAACAGUAAAUAAGCUUGUUGAAUUGUACAAAGAAAGCUCUGAGGAAUGGUCUCACAAAGCAGGAGAGCUCGAGGGCGUGAUCAAAGCUCUGGAGACUCAUUUGAGUCAAGUUGAAAAUGACUACAAAGAGAGAUUGGAGAAGGAAGUAUCUGCACGAAAACAAUUAGAGAAGGAGGCUGGAGAUUUGAAAGGCAAACUUGAAAGGUGUGAAGCUGAUAUGGAAACUAGCAGGAAAGCUAAUGAACUGAAUCUUCUUCCUCUCAACAGUUUUACAACAGAAAGAUGGAUGGAUCAGCUCAAUAAUGAUGACCUUCCUGAUAGUAACAGCAUGGUUGUCCCCAGGAUCCCAGUUGGUGUUUCAGGAACUGCAUUAGCAGCUUCUCUGCUCCGUGAUGGUUGGAGUCUUGCAAAAAUGUAUGCAAAGUACCAAGAAGCUGUUGAUGCUCUUCGCCAUGAGCAAUUGGGAAGGAAGGAAUCUGAGGCAGUACUGCAACGGGUCUUAUGUGAACUAGAGGAGAAAGCAGGAGUAAUUUUGGACGAAAGAGUGGAAUAUGAGAGAAUGGUAGAAUCAUACUCUGUCAUCAACGAAAAAUUGCAGCACUCAUUUUCUGAACAGGCAAACCUGGAGAAAACAAUCCUAGAAUUUAAGGCAGAUUUGAGGAGGCAUGAACGUGAUUACAGUUUGGCUCAAAAGGAAAUUGGUGAUCUUCAGAAACAGGUGACAGUUCUUCUUAAGGAAUGUCGUGAUAUACAGCUUCACUGUGGAUCUACUGGGCAUGACCAAGUUGAUUAUAGUACAGCAAUUGCUCCUGUUGGAAUGGACUUAGAGUCUGAUCCGGAAAAUGCAAUCUUGGAACGCCUUACCUUCAAGGAUAUAAACGGGUUAGUUGAGCAGAAUGUUCAGCUCAGGAGCCUUGUGCGUAAUCUUUCAGAUCAGCUUGAAAAUAGAGAGACAGAGUUCAAGUUUAUGGUGCAUGGACUGCAGGAAAAGUUUGAAGUGGAACUCAAAAAACAUACUGAUGAAGCUGCCUCUAAAGUUGCUGUGGUGCUACAAAGAGCUGAAGAGCAGGGUCACAUGAUUGAAUCGCUUCAUUCUUCUGUUGCAAUGUACAAAAGGUUGUAUGAAGAGGAACAUAAACUUCGCUCAUCUUAUUCCCGCCCAUCAGAUGGAGCUCCAGUUGAAGAGGAUGGAAGAAAGAACCUUUUACUUCUGCUUGAAGGUUCUCAGGAAGCUACUAAGAAGGCCCAGGAAAAGGCCGCUGAGCGAUUGAGAUCUCUUGAAGAAGAUUUGGCAAAAUCCAAGAGCGAUAUUAUGUCACUACGAUCAGAACGUGACAAGUUGGCUCUGGAUGCUAAAUUUGCAAGAGAGAGACUUGAUAGUUAUAUGAAAGAAUUUGAGCAUCAGAGAAAUGAAAUGAAUGGUGUUUUAGCGAGAAACGUGGAGUUUUCGCAGUUGAUAGUUGACCAUCAAAGAAAGCUACGUGAAAGUUCAGAAAAUUUGCAUGCAUCUGAGGAACUUUCUCGGAAGUUAAAUAUGGAGGUUUCUGUUCUAAAGCAUGAAAAAGAGAUACUGUCAAAUGCCGAAAGAAGAGCAUGUGAUGAAGUUCGUAGUUUGUCGGAGAGGGUUUGUCGCCUUCAGGCUACGUUGGACACUAUUCAGAGUGCCGAGGAGGCUCGUGAGGAAGCAAGAGCUGCUGAGAAGAGGAAGCAAGAGGAUUAUUUAAAACAAAUUGAGAGGGAAUGGGCUGAGGCCAAGAGAGAGCUGCAACAUGAGCGGGACAAUGUCAGAGCUCUAACAUCUGACCGUGAACAGACUUUGAAGAAUGCUAUGAGGCAAAUUGAUGACAUGGGGAAGGAAUUGAAUCAUACUUUGCGUGCUGUUUCUGCUGCUGAAACUAGGGCUGCUGUUGCUGAGACCAAACUUUCUGAGUUGGAGAAGACGAUGAAAGUUUCAGAUGCCAGGGUUGCUGGUAUGAAAGACAGUGGCUCUUCUAUUUCUGCUACUGAGUAUAAGUUUAUGGUGCAAUCAUUUCAUUUGGAUAUUUCUAUGUUCCCAGUGCCAUCAUGGUUGGGGUAUGUUGUUACGGAUUUGCUGAUGGCGAAGGAGGAGAUACAAAAAUUGAGAGAGGAAGCUCAGGCUAACAAGGAGCACAUGCUACAGUAUAAGAGUAUAGCACAGGUGAAUGAAGCUGCUCUAAAGCAGAUGGAAGAUGCCCAUGAAAGUUUCAAGAAAGAGUCAGAAAAAUUAAAGGAAUCACUAGAAGCUGAACUUCUUUCGCUGCGAGAGAGGAUCUCAGAAUUUAACAAUGAAUUGAGUAUGAAGUCUGAAGAGGUAGCCUCUGCGGCUGUGGGAAAAGAAGAGGCUUUAGCUUCUGCUUUGGCAGAAAUUAACUCUUUGAAGGAAGAAAGCUGUAGUAAAACUUCUCGAAUUGUAUCAUUGGAGAUUCAAAUUUCUAAUUUGAAAGAGGAUUUGGAAAGGGAGCAUGAACGUUGGCGUGCUGCUCAAGCCAAUUAUGAAAGACAGGUUAUUCUUCAAUCCGAGACAAUCCAAGAGUUGACAAAGGCAUCACAAGCUUUAGCCUCACUACAAGAAGAAGCAUCUGAGCUUCGUAAAUUGGCAGAUGCACAAAAAAGUGAAAAUGACGAGCUUAGGUCUAAGUGGGAGGUGGAAAAAUCAAUGAUUGAAGAAUCAAAGAAUCAUGCUGAAAAGAAAUAUGAUGAACUGAAUGAACAGAACAAAUUGUUGCAUAGCCGACUUGAGGCUCUUCACAUUCAAUUGGCUGAGAAGGAUCGAGAUGCUGCUGGAAUUUCUUCUGGAAGCAAUGCUCCAGGAUUAGGCAGUGAUUCUGGGUUGCAGAACGUGGUUAACUAUCUUCGAAGGUCAAAGGAAAUAGCAGAAACGGAGAUUUCUUUGUUAAAACAGGAAAAGCUGCGAUUGCAAUCACAACUCGAUGGUGCUCUGAAGGCAGCAGAAAAUGCCCAGGCUUCCCUUCAUGCUGAGCGUACAAAUUCCAGGGCAUUAUUGUUCUCAGAAGAGGAGGUAAAAUCCCUUCAACUUCAGGUUAGAGAAUUGAACUUGCUUCGUGAAAGCAACAUGCAACUGAGAGAGGAAAACAAGCACAAUUUUGAGGAAUGCCAGAAAUUGCGUGAAGUAGCACAAAAUGCUAAGGCGCAGUCUGACAAGCUAGAAUCUCUAUUGAGGGAGAAGCAAAUUGAGGUUGAAGCUUGUAAGAAGGAAAUUGAAAUGGACAAGGUAGAGAAAGAUCGCUUGGAAAAGAGAAUUUCUGAGCUACUUGAGAGAUGUGGAAAUAUUGAUGUGGAAGAUUACACUAGGAUGAAGGAUGAUCUUCAACAUAUGCAGGAAAAAUUGAAAGAGAAGGAUUCUGAGAUUGAGGAAAUUAAGAACCUUGUAUCAGAACAACAGGAAAAAAUAUUGAAAUUGGAGCAAGACCUUGCCAAGAGCGAAUCAGAAUUGAAUCAUAGAGAGAAAAGGAUAAAUGACAUUUUGCAAACAGAGGCUGGUCUAAGAUCUGAGUUGGAGAAGCAGAAGAAGCUGUCUGUUCAGUGGAAGGUGAAAAAAUCUGAAAUCUUAUCGAAGGAGAAGGAAGAAUUUAGCAAAGAAAAACAAGCACUUACCAAACAGAUCGAGGACUUCAAAAGAGGUAAAAGGCUGCUGGGAAAUGUUACUGGCGAACAGGUUUUGAAGGAAAAGGAGGAGAAAGAACACCGAAUACAGAUUCUGGAAAAAACUGUAGAGAGGCAGAGAGAGGAGUUGAAAAGGGAGAAAGAGGAUAUUCGGUCAGAGAAAGCAAAGCGUCAGAGUACAGAGAAGACUGUUUUGGAUUCCUACAAAAAUGUUGAACAGACAAAGACAAUGUUGAAGGAUAAACUUGAAGUGCAUAAGCAGGCUUUGAAGCGCGUGUCAGAUGAACUGGAAAAACUCAAGCACGCAGAAGGCGAUCUUCCUGAGGGCACCUCAGUGGUUCAGCUUCUUUCUGGAACCAUCUUGGAUGAUCUAGCUGCCACCUACGUAUCUGCUAUUGAUAACUUUGAAAGGGUGGCACGUUCUGUAUCCUCUGAACUUGGGGUUGGUGCUCAAUCAGUUGAGAUAUCUUCUAUUCCAGAUGCUACUGCAGCCGCCAUUCCUGGUCAGGCAGCUCCUUCUCAGGCUACCAUCAUUUCCUCAGUAGCUCCUUCAAGUCACAUGGCUACUAAAAUGGCAGAAGAAAAGGAGAGAAAAGUUCCUUUACAAAAACCCAAUGUUGAAACUCGUAAGACAGGGAGGAAGCUGGUAAGGCCCCGGCUUGUCAGAACUGAAGAGCCUCCGAGUGAUGUUGAGAUGUCGGAGGUGGAUGGAUCUAGUGCUGUGGCAAAGCUUGCACCAGCUAGCGAGUCUGAAACUCAGCGCAAUGUCACGCCAGUUACUCAGCCAAUGGCCCGCAAGCGCCUAGCUUCAUAUAGUUCUGAGUUGAAUGAGCAGCCACUUAAUCAAGGAGAGGCUAGCUCCGAUGUUGCCCCACCUGUUUUAAAGAGACCAAAAGGUGCUGAUUCCUCACGAGAGGGUGGUGAAGGACAAGCUGCCACUCCAUCAGAGACUCAGGUGACUCUGCCAGUGGUGGAAGAAUCUGCUGUUGCUGAUUUAUCUCAAGGUGAAGAGGAAGCUGCUGCUGAAAAGGAAGAGGUUGAGACCUCCGGGGAGAAAACAGAACCUCCAAAAGAUUCUGAACAAUUAGAUGACACAAGUCAAGUUGAGCCAGAGAAUGAGACAAAUGAUGUUGCAGAAGAGAUUUUGGAUAAACCAAGUGACAGUGGAAUGGAAAUUUAUGAUGGUUCAAAGGAUCAUGUUGCUGCAGAAGACAACCAACAAUCGCCAAUAGAGUUUGAAAAUGAGAGGGAAGAGGGAGAACUAGUAGCAGAAGUUGAGGAAGGUGUUGAUACAUUAAACAUGGCAGGGAGCCCAGAAACUGGGGAGGCUCUUCCUGAUACUACUCCUGUGGCUUCACCAGCCAGGAUUGAUGAUGAAGCUUCAGUUCCUGCAGGAGUGGAGUUAGGUGAGAUUAAUUCUCCUGAGAUGAUCAAUGAUGAGAAGAAUGAUGAAGGUGAUAUAGUUGAAGAGACUGGUGAAGGUUCCGACAAGUCAAAUGAUGGUAAUGAUCAGAUUGCUGUAGAGACUGAUCAAAUUCCUGAAGCUGCUUCAGUCGCUGUAGAGACGACAACAGCUAUUCCCAACACAGAAAUAGAUGCUUCAAAACAAGCUAGUUCAAGUGGAGCAGAGGCAGAAGAGGCCAGACAGGUAUCACCUGCAGAGGAGGCUAGGCAGGUAUCACCUGCAAGGAACACCUCUACUGUUGUGAAUUUAGCAGAGAGAGCUAGGCAGAAGGCAAUGCUGAGACAGAGUGGAGGUGGAGCUCCGGCAGUGCUUUCUCCUCCAAACACUAGAGGCCGUGGAAGAGUUCUACGGGGUCGAGUAGUACGUGGUGGACGUGGUGGGCGAAGUGGACGUGGACAGCCUCCCAGUCAACAGGGUUAA